AUGUCGAAUUCUAAUGAUAGUGAAGGAUCCAGCAGAAUGAACAAUAUUCAGGCUUCCGCAACUCAAUUUUGGUCGUCCAUGACAAACUUACGUUCUUCUGAAGUUGAAAAGGAAGAAGCAGGUGUGCAGUCUACUGCAGAAUCCGUUCUGAGGGUGAUGUUUGGUGCCUGCACAACUGGAUCUCGCGAUGCCGGUGAACCAGACUUUGAUUCGAUGACUCCAUCUCAAUUCAAGAAGCACAUUAGCAGUUCUUCUGAUGGAAACAGUCCAGAAAUGUUGUAUCCUAAGGAUGUUUCUCAAGCUGUGGAGCAUUUGCAAGAGAAACAAUCUUCGUCGCGACGAUCCUCCUCUUCCUCAAUGAAGAUUCCAGGACUUUUCCCCAUGUCUUCUCCAUCCAAGACCACUACCACGACUACAACCAAAAUUCAAUCAACUAAUGGCCCAGUUUUUGAGAAUGUCAUUCCAGAGAACGCAACGUUUGACGAUGGCAUCAGUGCUAUUUCCGCACACACACUUGAAGAUAUGGCAUUGGCAUAUUCAGCAAUGGAUGGCAUCUCGCGGAUUCGGUCAGAUCUUACACAAGAUCCAAAUCUAAAGGUUGAGGAGUCAUGGAAGCAAACGGUUGUUCGCAAUGGAGGCACUCUGGCCCCCCAUAGUCUAAGCCGUGAAGGACGAAGUACAAAUACGAGGCAUAGCUGUCAGACAAAGUCAACAGCCUCAACCCAAUCGGAAGAAUUCGUUUCUGUAUUUAGAAGGAACGAACAAGACUACUGGAAUGAGCUGGUAAAGGAGGACGACGUCCUGCGAACGCCACAAAUGAAGCCUACUGACUUUUUGAAGUUGGCACAAGACGGCACAAUCACUACCGUUCCCUCGUCGACUUGCUCGGGGUCACCAACCUUUCGAAAUACGCGGUCUGGCGAUGAUGGACUGUUGGAUACUCUCGUAUUGCCUCCAGGCACCGAUUUCGCAGAAAUAUGA